UUUUUUUUUUUUUUUUGAUUCUGUUAUUUAAGUUGAGGUGUGCCUGUAUAGAAAGAUCAAUUCAGAUCUGCCUGUAUAGAAAGAUGAAUUCGUCCCUGAUUGAAAGCUCUGCAACCAUGUGGAUAAGAUUGUAUAAGGAUCACUCUUCAUCUCCCAUGUCAUGUGUUGUGGGAAAGGAUGGAAUUCUUUAUUGGCGAGUGGUAGAUGUUGGUUUUCUGUGUCAAAUGAGCAAACCCUACGAUUUGCAAAGGUCUAGUUACGUCAUCACCAAUGAAUAUACCUUCCAAUAGUGGCAUGGAGUCUGAGAAUCAAGUUUGGAAAGAUAAUUUGAAUGAUGGCUCACAACUUGUGAGGCUUGAAAAUUCUCGAGACGUGAUUCGAGCAAAUCCAACUGUUGGUGAGGAAAGGAGUCUAGCAACUGCUGCUGAGGAAAGGACUCUAGCAACGGCGGCGGAUGAAAUGUCACGAGAGGCUCAAACUCCUAAAGUGAUUCUUACCGUCGAUGAAACAACUCAAACGACAGACGAAAUGUCUCAAACUGUUGACAAGGACCCGGUGGAGGAAAUCUUUUUUAAGCAGCUCCAACAGUUGUACAAGGAAUACAAUACAUUGAAACAACAAAAGCAAUUUGUUGAGCAAGCACUUCAAAGCGUCAAUGUUGGAAAACAGAAUGUAGACACUGACAUUUUCGAAACUAAAAAAAUUUGUUGAAAGCAACCAUAGUUAAAUAUAACAUGUGUACUUAAGCCCAAAGUCCUCACUUGGUUCAAGCUCAAACAUUGACCACGUUAAAAAAAAUUAAAUUUUUUUUUUAAAAGCUAGUAUA